AUGUUCCCAAUUCGUACUUAUGCAGUGACAUUACAGGAUUUAUAUAAUUUUAAUUCUACAUUCGGUGACAGUCUAACGGCGGCAUUGGAUGACGGGGGUUCGGGUCAAAUAAAUAUAACAGUCAGUUUCCCGUUCUUCAACAAAAAACACGACAAAUUAUACGUGAAUAAUAAUGGUGUCAUAUCAUUUCUAAAAGAACUAAAAGUGUAUCGACCUGACGACUUUCCAUUACAAGAUGCAACUCCAAUAAUCGCGCCCUUUUGGGCAGACGUAGAUGUGACUGAAGGUGGACAAGUGUGGUAUCGGGAGGAAACAAAUCCACAAACUUUAAAUAUAGCUACUAAAGAAGUUCAGCGUUAUUAUCCUAAAGCUCGUAAAUUUAAAGCUACAUGGAUGUUUGUGGCUACGUGGGAUAGAGUUUGUUUUUAUGGGGCAUCAGGGGCUGGUGAAAAUAAGACUAAUACAUUCCAAGCUGUACUUAUAACAAAUGGCAAAGAAUCGUUUGUGAUAUUUAACUACCAGAGGAUAGACUGGACAACUGGUUCCAACAGUGGCGGGGAUACAACCACUGGUCUUGGGGGUAACCCUGCCCAGGCUGGUUUUAAUGCUGGUGAUAAGAAGACAUAUUAUGAAAUUGAUGGAGCAAGAAAAGAUACAGUUAUUAAUCUAACUUUAACUAGUAAUGUUAAUAUUCCUGGCAAAUGGUUUUUCAAAGUAGAUUCUGCUCAGAUUCAAGGAGUCUGUUCCAAUACAGGUAAACUUUCAGGAAUAAAAUUAACGGAACAAGAAUUAAUUCUGAAAAUAAAGAAAAAUUCCUCAUGA